AUGUCCGCGGGCCUCUCCAGGGUUGAAUUGCGCACCAUCAUGCCGGCCAUGCCGUCCCCGCCAGAGCCUCAUGUGCUAAACCAAAUCAUCAUCUCCCCCUCGGAUACCGAUUACCUCGACCAGCUGAUUCCUUCGAUUCGUGAAUAUAGCGUCGGCAACCGAACCCCUCAGCUGCUACAAUCUCUGUCGCGAUUUGCAAGCGAUAAAGAGGCGGAAAUUGAAAGCAUCUGCAAUACCAACCACCAAGAAUUCGUAUCGUCGGUCAACUCCCUGCUGCGGAUUCGCGAAGGCACCGUUAGCCUUACUGCGGAGAUUCUCGACCUGAACCAGUCAAUACAAACGAGUACAGAGCGCUUGGCGGAACAGAAGAAGGCGCUGGUGGAGUCGAGGGGUCACAGACAGAAUAUCGAUGAAACGUCCCGAGCGAUCCAGGACUGUUUGGAGGUGCUGCGAUUGGCGAACCAGGUCCAUGACUUGUUAGCUAAGAAGAACCACUAUGCAGCCCUACGAGCGUUGGAGGAGCUACAAAAUGUACAUCUGAAAGGAGUGACCCAGUACAAGAUUGCGGAGAUGAUUCAGCGAUCGGUGCCAGCCACACAACGUGCCAUCGCAGAGGCUGUCAUGUCCGAUCUGAACACCUGGCUGUACCGCAUCCGUGAAAUGUCCCCGUUUCUGGGCGAGCUGGCCCUCUUUCACACGGACCAGCGCAAGUCAAGGCUCAAGCAGCGAGCGGAGAAGACUCCGUACCUGGAGAACUUCAACCUCAACUCUGCGAUUGAACUCGUGGCGGAUGAGGACGAGGAGUACGAUCUGCUGCAGAACGAGGAUCUCCAGGUCCCAUUUGCACCACUGUUCGAGUGCCUCCACAUCCAUCAAUCGUUGGGGCAAAUGGAUAAGUUCAGGAUCGAGUACGCCAACACACGUCGCCGGCAAAAAGACCUCUUGCUUCCUGCCUCCGUCACCCUCGUUGAUGAGGACGGUGCUAGCCUUCACAAUAUGCUUGAAGAAAUGGCUGGAUUCGCGAUUGUUGAGCGGGCGACAAUGAAGCGUGUGCCAGACCUGAGAUCAUCCGUUGAGAUUGACGAACUGUGGGACUCGUCAUGUCAGGCCGCGGUUGGUGUGAUUGCCAAGGCACUGCACGAAGUAGACAACGCGGAAAGUAUUCUUAAGACGAAGAAUCUGAUUGCCCUGUUCAUGCAGACCAUGAAUACGUGGGGCUUUUCAGUCAGAGUGUUCGAUGACUUCCUGUUGAAGCUAUUUGAGAAAUACGCAGAGCUUCUUAAACGGCGGUUUAGUGAUGACUUCCAAGAGAUUGUAUCUACCGAUGACUAUAUGCCCAUGCCAAUCCAGACCUUGGAGGAGUAUGACAAGGUGCUCAAUGUGAGCUGGUACAGUCCGGAUAAGUCACGUGAUGAACAAGUUUUCCCUUGCAUCCUACCAUUCUCCAGGAUGUAUCCAUUAUGCUGCAUCGACAUUCGGAAUUUCUUGAACCAGUUCUACUUCUUUGCAAAUGACGACUUUUCCCAUCCAAAUGUGAUUGAUGAGACUUUAAAGGAUGCACUGGAUGACCUUCUUUCCCGGAAGGUAUGCGAUACUCUAGUAGAGCGACUCUCUUCACAAUAUCUCGGGCAGAUUGUCCAGAUUCUGAUCAAUCUGGAACACUUCGAACUGGCAUGCCGUGAGCUGGAACUACUCCUGGCCGCUGCGAGAUCACAAAACUCCACCGGCACCUCAAUCGCGCUAAGGGCCACCGAGAAGUUUAGAAGCAAUAAAAAGGCAGCUGAGAAGCGGAUCUUCGAGGUUGUCAACUCCAAGAUCGACGAUCUCAUUGAAACAGCCGAAUACGAAUGGAUGGCGCCCACCCCUCCUAGCGAGCCCAGCAACUAUAUGCAGACUUUGACUCGGUUCCUGUCCAAUAUCAUGAACUCCACCCUACUCGGGCUGCCGACUGAAAUCAAGGAGCUCAUCUACUUUGACGCACUCAGUCAUGCUGCAAACAUGAUUUUGGCUCAACCCCUUGCCCCAGAAGUGAGAGCCAUCAACCCGAAUGGUGUUAUGGCACUGGCCAAAGAUGUGGAAUACCUUGCGCAAUUUGUGGAUAGUCUGAACGUCCCGAUUCUGCGCGAGAACCUCGAUGAGCUGCAGCAAACGGUGCAGCUCAUGCAAGCAGACAAUGCGGAUGAAUUCUACGAUAUCUCGACUAGGAAUAAGAAAUACGGGCGUGUCGACGCCAUGCAGGGACCUGUCCUACUUGAAAAGUUAACUCGAACGGUGCAAGCGCCCGCCAAGGUGGAUAAAUUUGCGAACCUGUCCUCACGAUUUAAAAAGUCUUGA